GCGGCUGCUGCGCCCAUGCACUUGGCACUCAGCUACCGGUUUGCUGGUUCCAUUAGCACUGCCGAUAAGAUACCCAUCACGUGAUUGAGCUCACAGCCACAGUGUGGCUGCUCCACCAGAAAUUGCAAACCGCACCAAAUGUUGAGAAAUUCGCUGGAUUGUUUCGACGGCAAACCCCACGCUCACAAUCAGUCCUUGUAGAAUCGCUCCAGCGACGCGGCACACGUCGACUACACCGCAGGACAGAUUGCUUUUUUGAAUCGACGAAUUUGGUGCUAUACAGCAGGCAGUAAUCAUGGCUACCACCGCGCCGCCCAAGGCCAAGCACGACUGGGCCGACGACGAUGACAUUGAGGAAGUCUCUUCUGACCUUCCGCCUCCCCAGACCAUCUCUAAUAAAGAUGGUACCAAGACCAUCAUCACAUUCCGAUACAACGAUCAGGGUCAGAAAGUAAAGACCACUCGUCGGAUCCGCUAUGUCACCCAAACCGAGACAGUCAACCCCCGCGUCGCCAACCGGAAAACGUGGGCCAAGUUCGGCUUGAGCGCCAAAGAUCCCGCGGGACCUGCCCCCGAUACCACCUCCGUCGGCGAGAACAUCAUCUUCCGACCCAGCGUCUCCUGGCGCAAGGAUGCCAAGGAGGAGGGCGCCGACGCGAACGCCCAGGCCAUGAAGGACAAGCUCAAGGACAAGAAGGUCAAGUGCCGUAUCUGCAAUGGCGAGCACUUUACAGCCAGAUGUCCCUACAAGGAUACCAUGGCGCCUGUUGGAGAAACGAGCGGCGCAGAUGCGCCCGCCGGUAUGGCAGAGGAUCUAUCUGCUGCCACUGGUGCUGCCGGGUCUGGGAAGAAGGGCUCAUACGUUCCGCCUGCUCUGCGUGGCGCUGGUGGAGGAGCCGGAGAACGCAUGGGUGGAUCAAAAUACGGCGAGAGGGACGACUUUGCGACACUGCGUGUCACCAACGUCUCAGAGAUGGCAGAGGAAUCAGAGCUGCGCGAUAUGUUCGAGCGUUUCGGUCGUGUCACCAGAGUCUUCCUUGCCAAGGACCGGGAAACUGGUAUGGCCAAGGGUUUCGCCUUCAUCAGCUUCGCAGACCACAGCGACGCUGUCACCGCAUGCAACAAGAUGGACGGAUUUGGUUUCAAGCAUCUCAUUCUCAGGGUCGAGUUUGCCAAGAAGGCUCAGUAAAACAACAAAAGCCCUUGUUUUCUCUUGUUGCGGGAUGGUUAGGAAGAUAUGGUAAUGCAUUUGCUAUGACUAUUUGCUGAAGUAGCUAAGAUUGUCUCCUUCUUGAACUUUUUGGAGUGUUUAAUGACUGCCAUACUGUCACCUAUUGCCGUAUAUACGGUUCCUUCAAUUGUGUCACCAACAUGUAGAUCACUUCCGCAAUGAAAGCUUCUGUGUAUAUACACAAAUACAGUAGGGUUGCUACGGAGAUCUGUAAACAAAAUUUUUGGUAUCUGUGGC